UCGCGCCUGUUCUGAGGCCACGCCCAUCGCCCCCCUCUUAAAGCGGCCGCGCCCGCGGGGACAUCGCUGGACCGGAACCGUUACGCAGCGUCACCGGAGCCGUUUCCCGGUCCCAUCCCGCCGCCGCGAUGCUGCUGCUCCGGGCCAUGGCCGGCCGCAGGCUCCCGCCGCUGAUGCAGCUGCCCCGCGGCUGCUCCCGGUUGGCCGCCGGUAGCACGGCCCCGGAGGGACACCGGGGAGCGGCCCCGGCCCCGGAGGGACACCGGGGAGAGGCCCCGGGGCGACACCGCGGAUCGAUUCCGGUGCUGGCGGCGCUGCUCGGGCUCGGGACCGUCCUGGCCUACGGAGAGCGGCGGCGGAGGACCGCCGAGGCCGCGCAGGCCCCCCGUGCCCCGCGGUACCCCCGUUACACCCGGGCGGAGGUGGCGCAGCACCGCACCCCGAGCGAGCGCGUGUGGGUCACGUACGGCACCGAGGUGUUCGAUGUCACCGAAUUCGUGGAGUUACACCCGGGGGGACCGGACAAAAUCCUGCUGGCGGCCGGCGGCGCCCUGGAGCCUUUUUGGGCUCUUUACGCCGUCCACAGCCAAGCCCACGUGCUGGAGCUGCUCCGUGACUACAAAGUUGGCGAGCUGAGCCCCGACGAAGCCUCGCCACCACCGGGCGACACCGGCGACCCGUUCGCCGGUGAUCCCCCGCGCCACCCGGCGCUGCGGGUGAACAGUUUGAAGCCUUUUAACGCCGAACCUCCCCCGGAGCUGCUGACCCAAAGUUUCCUGACGCCCAACGAGCUUUUCUUCACCCGUAACCACCUCCCGGUGCCCGCCGUGGAACCGGGAUCUUACCGGCUGCGCGUGGAAGGUCCCGGUGGCCGCGCCUUGUCGCUGUCGCUGGCGGAGCUCCGGCAGCGCUUCCCGAAGCACGAGGUGACGGCCACGCUGCAGUGCGCCGGUAACCGGAGGUCGGAGAUGAGCCGGGUCCGCCCGGUGAAAGGCUUGGCGUGGGAUAUCGGUGCCAUCAGCACGGCGCGGUGGGGCGGGGCGCGGCUCCGCGACGUGCUGCUGGCCGCCGGUGUGCGCGACAACACCGGCGACAGCACCGGCGACGACAACGAGUGGCACGUGUGCUUCGAAGGGUUGGACGCGGACGCUUCGGGGACGCCGUACGGGGCGUCCAUCCCGUUAAAACGGGCGCUGAGCGCCGAGGCCGAAGUGCUGUUGGCGUACGAGAUGAACGGGACGGAGCUGCCGCGGGAUCACGGAUUCCCGGUGCGCGUGGUGGUGCCCGGUGUGGUCGGGGCGCGGAGCGUGAAGUGGCUGCGGAGCGUGGCGGUGUCACCGGCGGAGAGCCCGAGCCACUGGCAGCAGAAGGAUUACAAGGGGUUCUGUCCGUCCGUGGAUUGGGAUUCCGUGGAUUUCGGGGCCGCCCCCGCCAUCCAGGAGCUGCCGGUGCAGUCGGCGAUCACCGAGCCCCGGCCCGGGGCUGCCGUGGCCGCCGGGGAGCUGACGGUGAAGGGAUACGCGUGGAGCGGAGGAGGAAGGGAGGUGGUGAGGGUGGACGUGUCCCUGGACGGCGGCCGCACGUGGCGCGAGGCCGAGCUGGGCCCGCGGCCGGAGCGCGGCCGGGGCUGGGCCUGGGCGCUGUGGGAGCUGCGGGCGCCGGUGCCCGCGGGUGCCCGGCUGGACAUCGUCUGCAAGGCCGUGGACCGGAGCUACAACGUCCAACCCGACAGCGUGGCGCCCAUCUGGAACCUGCGCGGGGUGCUCAGCAACGCCUGGCACCGCGUCAGCGUCAGCGUCACCCGCUGAGGGACACCGGGGUAUGGGGACAUUGGGGCAUGGGGGACAUUGGGGACAUCAGGGACAUUGGGGACAUCAGGGACAUUGGGGUAUUGGGGACAUCUGGAGCCUCAGCAACGCCUGGCACCGCGUCAGUGUCACCGUCACUUGCUGAGGGACACCGGGGUAUGGGGACAUUGGGGACAUCAGGGACAUUGGGGACAUUGGGGACAUCUGGAACCUCAGCAACGCCUGGCACCGCGUCAGCGUCACCGUCACCCGCUGAGGGACACCGGGGUAUGGGGACAUUGGGG